AUGCCGCUUGCUGAUCUUGGUUACCUGCGUCUGGAAAUGUUGCGUUUUUCAGUUUCUGGUUUAGUUACCCUUGUUUUUGCAGGUCCUUAUCACGGUGGAGUUUGGAAAAUAAAGGUGGAACUUCUAGAUGCAUACCUGUAUAGAUCUCCGUCAAUUGGUUUUAUUAAUAAAAUGUACCAUACAAAUAUUGAUGAGAUCUCAGGAUCAGUUUGUUUAGAUGUUAUCAACCAGACCUGGAGUCCCAUGUUUGAUUUGACAAAUGUGUUUGAAGUGUUUCUCCCACAACUUCUCUUGUAUCCUAACCCGUCGGACCCAUUGAAUGGGGAGGCAGCUGCCCUGAUGAUGCGAGACCGAACUGUAUAUAAACAAAGAGUUAAAGGGAAUCGGUUAUCCUUUGUUUUCUUGAUAUUUGCGCGUUGA